GUUGAAACCUUUCAACCUUUCCUCAUAUCUGACACCUUCGUCGCUUAGAUGCUGUGAAUAACAUUUUACAGUAUUCAAUAAACGAGAAGCAGCUUAAAAGAAGCGAACUUUUACAAGAUUUAUAGAUGCCAAGGCGUUUCUGUUUGUAGUUAUUUCACAUGGUUUACUACGAAGAGGUCAUCAUUUCGUGGAAAGUCGACAGACUUCCUGGAAGCGAGCGAACUAGUAUUGUCGUUGAAUACUGAAAUCAGUUGAUUCUUGGAAUUCUCUAAACUCCUGAACAUCAAGCUUCGCCAUGUACGAAUUUAUCCUCCACACUUCUUCCAACCAGUUAUAUCACUGGACGGGAUUUGGCAGGUUUUUCCAAUUUUUAGAGUUUAGUACAAUAUAUACAUAUCCGGAAGUGUAUGAGUUGCUUUAUAACACACGUGCGACUGUGAUAUCUCUCCCCGCUGUUAUCUGGGAUUGUCUAAAUAAACGUACCUUCAAGUUCCUACUUCUAGGAGGAAUACGUCUUUUAAAAGAUGCUUCAAGAAAGAUAUCUUGCUUUCGCUUCUUUUGCUCAUGGAGAAAGUCAGUGCCCCCGUGUGUUGUAAUAAUAUUUUUUUAUUUCUGGCUAAAACGACAACAAUAUUGCCGGAAAUUUGCGAUUUUAUCCAAAGAAUCUGACCAGUCGCGUGUGAAUAAUAAUAUAAAGGACAUCGAGAAGCAUAUCCUGUCCAGACUUCAGCAAGACUUGCGUAAUGAACACAUUCAGCUAGAAGAAAAGUCUUGGAUCCAAGAUCUAGAUGAUGGAGAGCGACCUGUCUUUGUGUUUUGUGUCAUAUCUUCACGAAUUGGUACAGACAUCGAGAACGCCAUGAGAGGAGUGCAUGAUAACAGCCCUGUCAUCCUGGUGUUGCUGCACUGUGCUCUUAGCAUUUUGUUAAGAGACCGCGAUUUGUUUGAUGACGAAGAACUUCUGGAUCCCACAAUGAAAAACAGAAUGACAGGCAUCGCUCACUUUGCAUUCUCUGACCGUGAGGGACUGUACGACUGCAAACAGAACAGAUAUGGUUUCAAGAAGCUGGGUUGCACUAUCAAUGUUUUGCUUAGCUAGAAACUACUUGUGUUAUUGUUAACGUGCACAGCCUCGUGCUUUUUUACAUAGUCAGUGUCAUUGAUUAUAUGGAGAGCCUCGCAAGCCUAAGUAAAAAAAAGCACCUGUUCCGUUUGGAAAUUGAAAUUGAUUGAACUCAAAUUGCUGACGCAGGGCCGUAGCCACCGGUAAGGUUGAAACCGCAAAGAGAGAGAAAAAAAAAAGAUGUACGAAAUAUGACUAAAACCCCUCAAAAAACCGAACCAAUCAGAAAUUUCCCGGACCAAUAAGAAAAUUUUGUCUACAACCCUGUGAAAGUCAAGAUGUUAAGAUGGUUUUUGUCAUGAUAACUUUUCUUUAUUGCGGGGUUCCUGUGGUAUUUGAGACUCGGAUCCCAAAGGAUAAUUAUGCAUUUGAGACUAUAACGACAUCAGUAAAACGAAUGCCAUUUAAUGAUAUUAAAUAUAACUCCAUGAUGACUUGUUUUUUGAGGCUGAAGGUUCUCCCUUUAAUUGCAUUUCUUCGUAGGUAUUGGGCUCCCUGUGGUACAACGUUUGUUAUCAUUUUCGGUGCAAUUUCCAAUAAAUAGGUGUUGGUUUUUCCACAGRAAUACUGAGCUUAAACAUAAUG